AUGGCGUCUUUAAUCGAGAUGAUCGACGUUGCGGCUGAUAAUUCGAAUCGCUCUCCCUCUUCUGCUGGCGUGCAUGUGCCUGGUGCCACUCUCCGCCGCUUGGAGGACGAGCCGUCUGACGUCAACCUCCCUGCAAAGUCAAAUGCUGUCGUCCGCGUAGUAGACGCGGUUCAGCGGUGCGGGACCACUGCUUCUGACUGCGAUACGGUUGGCGAAUCAUCCGAGUCCUUCCCGGUGAAAGGCUCUACUGGUAGCGCAGGACAUGAAGCUGGUGCCCACAGUGAUGACUCUCCGCAAACAUUCGAGCGCGAGCAGUCGUCAGAUUUGGUGAUAUUUGACUAUGACGACACUAUCCUGCCUACAUACUCGCUUGCAUGUGCCCAGAAGCACUCCGUGGGCCAGCAAUUGGUUGAUCCAAAUACAAUUAGGGACGAACUUAAUCGUCUAACGGAUGCAGUAUUGGUCAAUUUGAACAAUGUGGUUCGCGUGGCCACGUUAGUGGUCGUCACCAACGCUAGCUCGGACUGGGUCAUGCAGAGCUGUGAGCGUUACCUGCCUCGUAUUGGGGAGUUUUUCGCGGCGCAUAACAUUCGCAUCAUAUCGGCACGCGACAGAUUAGACAACAGCCUCCUCGCGCAGAAGCACUGGAAGUAUUUCGUUUUUAUCGAUUUGAUAGAAGAACAAUUCAUCGAUAGGCUAAAGAGCGGCGAACCUUUCACGGUGACCUCCAUCGGCGAUGGAGCGGAGGAGCGUCAGGCUUGCAUGAAGUUGGCUUCGAUUUUUAAGAACCAGAAAUGGGUUUUCAAGAAUCUGAAGCUCUUGACUCAGCCCACGUUGGGCUGUUUGAUUCAGCAGCACCUGCUGCUGGCGAAAUCCUUCGACAGUUUCUUCGAAAUGAAGACAUCGGCGGAUCUAUGUAUUCUGUUUGACAAAAAGAAGUCGCAGAACGACAUUUAG